AUGACAUCAGGUGUUAUUCAGCAAUGGAAAGAUUUUGAAAAGAGGCUUCAGGAUUGGAUGUAUAAGUGGGUGAGUCUUUAUCAACCAUUUGUUCAGACUGUUCUCCAAGAAGAAAAUGUUACAACAAAAUGCACCAAUGAUGUUCAUCUAUUACUUGAAGACUUGAAAGAACUUAAAACAUGGGCCUUUGAAAUGCUUGACUCAACUGGAAAACCACCAGGAGGUCUACUAGAAGGAACUGUCACUGCAUUUGGAUCCUUUGAUCAAUGCAUCAACAUCAAGAAAGAAAAAGAUGACUCUCAAUUACUCCGUGGUCAGUACUGCUCUGUGCAUCUUCGACCCCCAUUGCCUCCCAGAAACCGAUAUGCCAGUGUAGUAAAGCCGCUAGAUGUUUUCAAAAACAUUUCAUCAAAGGACAACUUGCUUUCUCCUAGUGGGCUACUCACUUCUUACUUGAUGACGAAGUUGAUGAAGAAUUCUGGAAAUAAACUGAACAUUCCUCUCUAUAUUUUUCAUCGAUAUAUGAGAUUGACGCCUCCAAUGGUACUGUUGAUUGGUCUUGUGUAUCUGACUCCUCUUUUUGGCUCAGGACCUGUAUGGCAUGAGAUAAUAGACCAAAAGGUCACUGGUUGUCGAAAGUAUUGGUGGAUCAAUCUAUUGUACCUUCAGAACUAUAUACGUGCAGAGCCGAAGUGUGUAGAACACACCUGGUAUAUUGGGAAUGACAUGACCUUUCACCUGGUAUCAUUAAUCGUCCUCAUUCCAUUGCUCAAAGCCGAACUGGAGUUUGAGAACGCUGUUUACUUUAAUCCAUUGAACCACCUUGCUUCAUAUUGUAUUGGAAUGACGGUAGGAUAUUUGAUUUACAUGCGUCAAGCAAAACCACUGAAUAAGACAAAAAUCAUUAUUGGCUGGGUGGUGUCACUGACGUUUCUUUGUGGUGUUCUUGGUGGUCUGUAUGAUCAUUUGGCUGGUUAUUCAGAACUCUCUCGUCUUAAGACUGUUUUCUACGCUGCGCUACAUAGGCCAAUCUGGACAGUUGGAGUUGCUUGGGUGAUGUUUGUAUGUUGUACAGGUAAUGGUGGUGUCAUAAACGCUUUUUUGUCGUGGAAAGGAUUCAUUCCACUUUCUCGGAUGACAUACAUGACGUACCUCACUCAUCUCUGGAUACUGUGGCUAUAUAUAGGAAACCUGAGAGAGCGAGUAUACAGUGGGCAUCUCAUAACCAUAUGCACCUAUUUAGGAAGCAUGGUAAUGUCGUUUACAUUUUCCUUCGUUUGCGUACUAUUUGUCGAAGCUCCGUUUAUGAACCUGGAGAAGAUGAUAAUUUCUUCGUAUCUUGGUAAAUGUUCGAAUGAAGGAAAAGAAAUCAAGAAAACAACGAAAAGUUUCAAUAACUUUCAGGAAUCCCGACAGAAGUCGUGAAUCCUUAACGAGUUAAUUAA